CUCGACCCAAACUUCAAAGGACUGCAUUGCAACGUUACCAGACACUUUUCAGGUGAUACUGUAUUUGUUCAUCUCAAAUCCCAGGUGAUAAUGGCUCCGAUUCUUGGUUACUGGAACGUACGAGGGCUUGCUGAACCAAUUCGUUAUCUGAUGGCUUAUACCGGAACAAAGUGCGAGUACUGCGACUAUGUGACUGGGGACGCACCUGAUUAUGACAAAAGCUGUUGGCUCUCAGUGAAAGAGACAUUAGGGCUGCCCUUUCCGAACUUGCCAUAUUACAUCGACGGAAAUGUGAAGUUAACACAGACGUUAGCGAUUAUUCGGCAUAUCGCUCGAAAGCACAGUUUAUGUGGAACAAGCGAAGAGGAGAUGAUGAGAGCCGAUGUUGUCGCUGGCGAGGCAAUGGACUUUAUCGUUGGAUUCAUAAAGUUCACUUAUUUCAGCCCAGACAUGGAGGGGGGAAGGGAAGAGUAUUUGAAUUCAAGCAGGGUAUCUCUUCAGCGUUACUCAGACUUCCUCAGUACCUAUCCUUACUUCGCUGGGGAUCAUUUAAGUUUCGCCGAUUUCAUGAUGUAUGACUUCUUGGAUCAAUUACGAACCUUUGAGCCGUUAGCUCUUGAUCCAUUUCAAAACAUUAAGGACUUCAUGGCCAGAAUCGAGCGCAUUCCUGCCAUAAAAGAGUUCUUGGAGUCAGAGUACUUCCGUAAUCGACCAAUCAGCAACAAGAUGGCACAGUGGGGAACCAAGCCUAUUCCCCGUCAGUCAUGAAACAAGGAAAACGAAUUCAUCAACAGACAACUCAGAUGUGAUCACAAAUGAGAGAGACUACCGCGCCUUGAAACACUUGUCUUUAUUCACAAAUAAAAACGGCUGUCUUAUCCAUAUAAUACGUGUGAACCCUCGUAUUUAAUGAAAAUAAUCUAACAUUGGCCCUUUACACCCUACCGUUAGUGUGCCGCAUAUUCUCCAUAUUGUUUUCCUUGUAUUCCCUAAGCUGUUGACAAGAAUUUGUUUAACGACCAAGGGCUUCAGUAGGCGAUCAUUUCCUUUCUCGGCGUGACGUUGUUUGAUUCAAGGGUGAUGUUGUAAAGAGAAAUUACAUGCUAGUCACAAGAUUUAAGGGUAUGUUGUGCAUGCGCAGUUCUAUAUCUUGCUCGAAGGAUUGAGAUUAAUGAACCUCGGACAAAUCAGAAAUACCUUGAAAUCAACCUAAAAAAUAAUCAAAUUCUCGUUGCAGUUUUAACAUUUGAUCCAUAUGUGGAGUGUCAUUCGCUAAAUUUUUAUCAGAGGGCAUUGAACACUUCCGUCAAGAUCCUUCCCCUCCUUUUCCCCUUACCCCAACAGAACUCGCGGGGCCAAUGCGUUGUUGUAAAUCCCGAAUGCUUUAGAACCAAUUAUUAUUUAUCGCCUAACAAGUCUUGCAAAUCCAACAUGUGACUCAAUCCCAGCCUUACAUUACUCUUGCAAUAUCUUUCCUAGUUGCCUUGGUACAUUUUAAACACUUCUGAAUUUUGAACCCCAUAAUGAAAUCGAGAACGUAGUUUUUACUACCCUUAAGUCGCUUAUCAAAUGUCGGAUGCCUCAGAAGCCGAUCUCAGAUGUGAAGGCGAACUGUAGAUAUAAUCACCACGACUGACUCCUUUUGAACAGAAAAGGUGUGCUUGAGUCGUCACCGCACGAUUUUUUCUCAUCAUCAUCAUUAUUAGCAAAAACACGUGCAUUAGCCCCUUAAAGGACAAAGAUUCAAAGGUUUUGAACGGGAAACAAGCUUACACUUUUUAACAAACUCUAUUAUCUGGAAUAAAUUUAACACUUAGUUUCAUGCCGCGAUUAAUCCGUGCGUUACCCAGCACAUAAGUUGCGAAAAGAAAAAAAAAACUGUCAUCCAAGAACUAUUUUAAUAUAACGCCACUUUAAAUCCACAUGUUAAAAUAUACGGUAAAUGAAAUACAUUAUAAAUCAUAAUUGCAAUGCUGAGUGCCAAUGCCUUGCUAACCCCAAGGCCUUAGGCUGGCGCCCUAGUUACCCUUGGGCUGGUGCCCUGCUCACCCUUGGGCUAGUGCCCCAAUUACCCUUAUGCUAGUGCUCCGAUUACCUUGGUAAACUGUACAUAAGAAAUUAAACAUUUUCUAUUCCCAAAGAACCCAAAAAUUCCAGUGAACUUGACUUCUUAAAAAGAUCAGUGUGAUGUCACAUUGAUUUAAAAUAAUCAUACCAUUUUCCAUAAUUAAUUAUUGUAACUUAGUCAUACGGGAAUGGUCCAAACCACGUGUUUUGUCCAGAACUGAAAUCUUAUGCUUGCCUUGUGCUAUGUUUAUGGCAUUAUGAUUUAUCUUGUUGAAUCAAAGCAAGCUGACUAAGAUGGAAUGGGACAAAGGCUCACACCAAAAUGUAGACUUGUCAAAAAUAACACAAUUCUAAAAAUGCAAAAUAACUUAAAAGCCACAUUUCGUGGUUAAGAAGAGUAACACUAACACAACGCCAAGAGCUACAUGUAAGAAAAGGAAUCAUUCCAGGAAGCUCUCUCUCUGUCUCAAAAAAUAUUAAUUUCAAUUAAUUUAGUCCAUUUUCACUGCAUUGAGUUUUGCAGUGGGGAAGGACUCGAAAGGA